AUGGCACUUAUAAAUAUAACAAAUAUCAUUUUCGAUCAAAGUACUGCUCUGUUCAAUACUCCAAUUUAAAUGCAAAUCACUUUUGAAGUGUUGAGGCAAUUAGAUUAAGAAUUAGAUUGGAAGUAUAAAAUGAUAAAAUAUUAGACUUAUUUACAUUGGGUCUCCUAAUAAUGAUAAGUAUGAUCAAGUAUUAGAGUAAUUUUCAAUGCCUCCUCUUUAAUAAGGGACAAUGCAGUUUACUUUAAUGACUUCUAGUCCCAAAUUAGAGUUAAUACCAAGUAAAGAAGAUUUAUUUGGCGCGACAGCAAUAAUAUUAAGUGUAAGAUAUAGAAACCAUGAAUUCUUUAGAGUAAUUAUUAAAUGUAUAACUAUAUUAUAGGUUGGAUAUUACGUUUAUAAUUCGUAUUUAGAUCCUGAUUUAAUUGAGAAUGAUCCUUCUUGUGUUAUAAUAGAUAAAAUUUAUAGAUAAAUUAAUACUUCAACACCAAGAAUUACUAGAACUAAUAUUGAUUGGGAUGGAUAAUUGGUUUAAUUGUAUGUUAAUCCACUUUAAUCCAAUAAUUAGUUUAUGUUCUAAUAAUAACCAAUAUUUAAUGAUAUUACAAAUAAUCAUUAAGAAUUCUAGCAAUAAUGUUAAGAGAAAUAAAAUUAACAUUAAUAAAAUAACAAACCAAUGUAUAAUAAUACACAAGGAACAAGUUUUUAAAGCAUAUUUUGA